UAUCUUUUCCUCUUUCUCUCUCUCGCUCUCACAGACACAAACACACACAACAGACAGACAAACCAACAUUUUCUCAGCUUCUGGCAUGACCUCAUAUGUUCAUGGGAUUUUCAUGCGGGGAUCAUUUUGACGAAAAAGAGAGCCAGUUUCCCUUGAUAGAUGAGACCAGUGCAACACAACAACAAAACAGCAUCAUCAUGGAAGUGAAUCAUCUUCAAGGGGUUGAUAAAAACACUGAUUUCUGUCCAGUUGAACACCCUAUGGAGCCACCAGAUGAAGAUCGUCCAGUGAAAUGCCCAAUGCCCGAGUCUUCUGUCAUCAAUGACGACAGGAUGCAUGAAAAAAGGUUUGCAGAAAGCUUAAGGAAGAGAGGAGAGACAGCCGGGGUCAUGGCAAACGGUGAAAGAACCACCAUCAUGGACGCAGAGCCUCCAGCUCGAGGAGUUCGAAAGCGGCAUCACACCCUCACACACGAAGGAGGAGACCUUGUGAUGACUCCAUUAAUGAGAAUGCCACCUCUCCCUCCCCUACCAUCCCAGAAUAUCACCAUCUUUCAGGUGCUUCAGCAGUUGGAUAAGUUUGAGUCUUAACAAAGAAAUAAAUUCCAUCACAACAUUUCAUGUAACCAGGGAUGCAUUUUGAUUAUAAGCUGAGUGAGCUGAAUAGGACAAGACAAAAAGCUUUGGAGCAUCAAGACCCCAAGUCGUCAAAAAAGUGUAUCUCACGUUUUCUACUAAAUCAAGAUAUUUUUAUACUUUCUGCAAAUGUGCAUAUUACACAAUUUGUCGUGCAGAGACAUGUUGGAUAAAAUACUUGAGGUAAAAAAUUGAUGUCCCCAACUAGGCACGUCAAUAAUUGCAUGUCAAGUGCUCUACUUAAAAUUUCAAAACCUACUUAACUACGACCCAUCAAAAUGAGUGGAGUGAAUUUCAUAUAGAUCAAACGCACUUGUCCAAAUGUAGGCAUGCAGGCCCAUGUCCAUUGAAAGAGAAUAAAAAUAAAAAAGGAAA